AAAUGUUCCUCUCUUUUCGAAACAGCUUCUCCGCUUAGUUGGUGUCAGUGUGCUCUCCUAAAGAGUCUUCCAUGUGGCUUCUUUCAGGAGCUGUUUCUUUGGAGAUGAAUCUCUCCACCUUGAAAGAAAAGCUUCAGGCGCAGGAAAGCACCAUCCAGGAACUGGAACAGGCCAGAAAGGGUCUGCAGCAGGAGAUGGAGUCCAAGAUGGUGGACAAGGAUGAGGUAGACAAACGGGAGGAGCAACUGAAGGCCCUCGGCAGCCAGCUGGAGAGAGUGGAGCAGCAGCUGAACUGGACCACCCUGGAACUCAAUAAAGAGAGAGCCAGAGGGGAUAGCAUGCUCCAGCACCAGGAGUCCCUCCAGGCCAAACAACAGACUCUAAUGCAGCAGCUGGACAGUCUGGACCAAGAAUGCGAGCAGCUGAAGACCAGCAUGGCUGACGGGGAAGAUGACCGGCAGAUGAUGAGGGAGCGGCUGAAGGAGGUCCAGGAGGAAAAGUGGGAGAUCCAAGGCCGGCUGGAGGCCCAGAAGGACUUCUGCUGUAGAAUUCAGAAAGCUUGCAAGAUCACCUGCACCGCUCUCUCCACCCAGAAGCUUACCGAGAAGCUGAAGCAGGAGAAGCAGAGCUUGGAGCAGUCGUCCUCCGAACUGCAGAGGACCAUCUCUGAGCUGGGAGAGCUGAUCCACGAGAUGAAGGAGAAGGAGAAACUUUUGGUCUUCUUCCCAGACCUUCACCUCCCCGUCGAGACCCAGUUUGAAAUCUCCGGGAACAUCAUGGAAGACAUGGGGAAACAGCUGCAGGCCAACAACAUCCGCAUCAGCAUUCUGGAGGAAGAGAACGCGCGCCUCCGAAACGCGAUAGGCAAAAUGAAAGAGCCGGCCCAGCAGGAGAUGCAGAAGUUUGUGCUUCCAACCCAGCUGUGGAUUCGGUCUGCCGAAAAACCCGGUCCUCAGGACAGCGCGAUGCCACCUCCUGUGGGGUACCCCGCAGGGACCGGCUUCCAGGGACAGGUCUCCAGGCCUCCGACUAAUAGCAGCAGCGUGGGAAACGCCUCGCGAAACAGGCCUCCGAACAAUCCUCUCGUCUACGCUCCUGCCCCCCAAUGGACUUCCGGCCCCCAGCCGCCCAAGGCCCCCUUGGGCCCUGCUCCAUUCAAUCUUUUCUACAAGGAGGCAGUCAGCAGCCCUUACGGCCAGGCCAAAGGGAGAGGCCGUUGUCCGCCCCCGCCAGGCUAUUGUACCCGCAGCCACCAGAAAUAA